AUGCUUUGGCGCUGGGAUUAUCUUAUCGUGAGCAUGAUGCUCCUGGCGGAGCUUAGCCACUUUGGCGAGGCGGUGGCCAAUGGAAGACGAAGAAACCAAAGACGCCUCAGCGCCAACGGCCGACAAAUGGUGGCCAACAGAAGGAAUCGACUCCGCACGACAGGAAAGAAAAUCAACGCCGCUAGGAAAGUCAACAAACAGAGGACGAGGACGACCACCAAUGCUCCCAAGGUUCAGUCCAGGAUUGUGGGCGGCACCACUACCUCCAUAUCGACGAGGCCCUAUCUGGUGCAAGUGCGCCGUGGUGAUAAUCUCUGCGGUGGAACCCUCGUCAAAGAUCGCUGGGUCCUCACCGCCGCCCACUGCGUGAAGAGCUACGGUGCCUCCGAGUUCACGGUCCGGGCAGGAACCUCGACUCUGGAUGGCAGCGAUGGAGAGACCCGCUCUGUCACAUCGGUUCAUGUGGCUCCCAAGUUCACCACCAAGAAGAUGAACAUGGACGCGGCCCUGCUGAAGCUGAAUAGUUCCCUGACGGGCACGAAUAUCGGCACCAUCUCGAUGGCCAACUAUGUGCCCAAGGCCGGGGCGAAGGUGCAAGUCGCUGGUUGGGGAGUGACCAAGGAGGGAGGCACCACCGCCUCCAAGACCCUGCAGGCCAUCCAGGUCAAUGUGGUUCGGAGGCGAAAGUGCGUCCUUGAUUACCGCAGCAAGGCCACCAUCACCAAGUACAUGUUCUGCGCCCGCGCCCGGAACAAGGACUCGUGCAGCGGCGACUCUGGUGGUUCAGUGGUCCACAACAAUUCCCUGGUGGGCAUUGUGUCCUUUGGUUACGGCUGCGCUCGCUCCGGUUAUCCCGGCGUCUACACUUCCGUGUCUAUGAUCCGCAAGUGGGCCAACAAUGUUAUGGCCAACAAUUAGGGUUCAUAAUAA